GCUUGUAACGCACUCACGCUGCUUCCGGUUUGUGCAGCGCCUGUGUUGGUGGCCUUGCAGUGUUUUGGGGGGCGGGAGUUUGCAGGAGGGGCGCAACCUGAAGAUGAUGAUGUCCAUUCGGAGGAUCGAGUGCAUUUUCUUUAGUGAAUUCCAUCCCACCCUAGGCCCCAAGAUAACGUACCAGGUACCCGAGGAAUACAUCUCCCGAGAGUUGUUUGACACUGUCCAGGUUUAUAUUAUCACCAAACCUGAACUGCAGAACAAGCUGAUUACAGUCACUGCCAUGGAUAAAAAGCUGAUUGGUUGCCCAGUGUGCAUUGAGCACAAGAAGUACAGCCGUAAUGCACUGCUCUUUAACCUUGGCUUUGUGUGUAAUGCUAGAGCAAAGACGUGUGCACUGGAGCCCAUUGUUAAGAAGCUUGCAGGAUACCUCAAGACACUGGAGUUAGAAUCUGGUUUCAUCUCCAAUGAGGAUAGCAAGCAGAGACUGGUGCCCAUCAUGAGUGUCCUUCUGGAGGGGCUGAACUCUAAUGGAGAAUGCUCACUUCCUAUAGAUGAAAGUAACACAAUGCAUCUAAAGGUAAUAGAUUUGCGUGCUGCGCCCCCUACAGCCCAAGAGUAUGAUGUCCCAGUGUUUACAGAGGACAAGGAGGACUUCUGUAGUGCACAGUGGGAUUUGACAACACAGCAGAUUCUUCCAUAUAUUGACGGUUUCCGCCAUAUUCAGAAGAUCUCAGCAGAGGCAGAUGUGGAGCUAAACCUUGUGCGGAUAGCAAUACAGAACCUCAUGUAUUAUGGGGUGGUAACUUUAGUUUCCAUCUUCCAGUAUUCCAAUGUGUAUUGUACAACACCACGGGUGCAAGAGUUAAUUCAUGACAAGGCUCUGCAGGAAGAAUGCAUCUCUUAUAUUAGUAAACCAGGUUUCAAGCGUCCGAGUCUCCGUGAUGUCUUCCAGUUGUACUGUGGCCUCAGUCCUGGCACUACUGUCCGAGACCUUAUUGCCCGGCACACGCAGCAGCUGCAGAGAGUAGAUGAAAGGAAACUCAUCCAGUUUGGGCUGAUGAAGAAUCUGAUCCGAAGACUUCAGAAAUACCCUGUAAAAGUGUCCCAUGAUGAGCGCAGCCCCCCUGCUCGCCUCUAUACAGGAAGCCACAGCUAUGACGAGAUCUGCUGCAAGACAGGCAUGAGUUAUCGAGAGUUGGAUGAAAGACUGGACUCUGACCCAAACAUCAUUGUGUGUAUGAAGUAAAGGGACCAGUUUCCUAACCAGGAGAUCUAUGGAGCACAUGACACCUUUCUGAUAUCAUUCAUGGAUAUGAUUGUUUCCAGCGGAGCUCUAACUACAGACUCUGAAUGAUACAAUGGUUUUGUAAAUAUGUUUAGACUUGUUCAGAAUCUCUCAGAACCUUUUUCUAGGAGAGAACCAAAACGUUCCCUUGUUCACAUUGGAUGGAAUAAAUGCGCCUUGCUGACAUUUUACCUGCUGGAGUGCCGUGGUGAAAUUACUUUUUGCUAUAGCUAAACCUGUGGGCCCCUGACCAGGAUUUUGUUACCUACUUGCAUCAGAACUGUGUAAAUCUAUCCUGUGGAUGUGCUGCUUUUUUGUAGAUAGAUAUUUAUGGACUACAUAUAUACCACCCUCUCACGGUGUUAAAGGGGUACUCCACUAGAAUUCUUUUUUAAAUCAACUGGUGCCAGAAAGUUUAACAGAUUUGUAAAUUACUUCUAUAAAAAAAAAUCUU